GGGAGGGGGGCGGGGUCAUUCGCGCGCGUCGGGUUUCACAAAACACAUACAUACACACAUACACACACACACAGACAUACACACACUUGCAUACGCAGGCACGUGACUCCAAAUGGCCGCUGUCGCUUCCUCUGGCUCGCGCGGAGCUCCGUUCCCGCUUCCCGUCUCCCCGUCCGAGUCGGUCCGACGCGCGCGCCGUUUCUGAGCCCGCUUUCCGGUUUCCCAUUUGGAGGUCACUUGUGCACGGGGAGGGUUACACACACACACACACACACACACACACACACAGCACGAGAAACGGCGGCACGACACCGUGGAGUAACAUCCUCACAGCGCACCGCGUCAGAACCGAGCCGCGGAGAGAAACUCGGAUCGGUCGCGAGACGCCGGUGGGCGGAGCCAACAGGUUACAGCUCACAGUGAAAGCGUGAUACACACUGGAUCAGUGGCUCAUGAGAAGUGAAACAGGGAAAGGAGGACAUUAAAACUAAUGGCUGCUCACUUAAUUUCAAAUUACAGAAGGGAACCUUCUAGUAGCUUCUCUGAACAUCGGAUUUCUUUCUAACUUGUCGUCUUCCCCAUCCUCCGCCAACUGGACGGCCCAAACGGUGCUAAACGACAGCGAUCCCUCCAUCCCUCUAUCCACGUUUGCCUUUUUUAACGCUACAAAGACCUCGGAGUUGUCCUUCAAAGACCUCAAACCAGAAACAACCCACAGGAUCUGGAGCUUUGUACACACACAAUCACACACACACACACACAUAUGCACACACUUUCGAUGGGGGAGGAAUCCCCAUGACGCAUCACUGAAGUGGCCUUUUUGGAUUUUGUGGAUUGUACGUGUGCUGAGGCGGCCAUGUCGGGGAAGGGCUUCCCUGUGGCCCACUUCUCCUACUUCCUCCCUCACGUGAUUGGUGGGCUCUCGCCACCCUCAAUGCCUACCAUGUCUGUGAGCGGAUACAGCACGCCCUCGCCAGCCACCGUGGAGACGCAGAGCACGAGUUCGGAGGAAAUCGUCCCCAGUCCGCCGUCUCCUCCUCCGCCACCGAGGGUCUACAAACCCUGCUUCGUCUGCCAGGACAAAUCCUCUGGCUACCACUACGGUGUCAGCGCCUGUGAAGGCUGCAAGGGCUUUUUCCGCAGGAGCAUCCAGAAGAACAUGGUGUACACGUGUCACCGGGAAAAGAGCUGCAUAAUCAACAAGGUGACGCGAAACCGCUGCCAGUACUGCCGCCUGCAGAAGUGUCUGGAAGUGGGCAUGUCCAAGGAGUCGGUGCGGAACGACAGGAACAAGAAGAAGAAGGAAGAGAAGAAGGUGGAGUGUGUGGAGAGCGGCGUGAUGAGCGCCGACACAGAGCUGAUGAUCGAGCGUGUGAGGAAAGCGCACCAGGACACAUUCCCCUCGCUCUGUCAGCUCGGCAAAUACACCACGAGUAACAGUUCGGAGCGACGCGUCUCGCUGGACGUGGAUCUGUGGGAUAAAUUCAGCGAGCUCUCCACCAAAUGCAUCAUCAAGACGGUGGAGUUCGCCAAGCAGCUUCCCGGCUUCACCACGCUCUCCAUCGCCGACCAGAUCACACUGCUCAAAGCCGCCUGCCUCGACAUCCUGAUUCUGCGCAUCUGCACACGCUACACACCUGAGCAGGACACUAUGACGUUCUCAGACGGUUUGACGCUGAACCGCACGCAGAUGCACAACGCCGGCUUCGGGCCGCUCACGGACCUGGUGUUCGCCUUCGCCAACCAGCUGCUGCCGCUCGAGAUGGACGACGCAGAGACGGGCCUGCUCAGCGCCAUCUGCCUGCUGUGUGGGGAUCGUCAGGACCUGGAGGAGGCCGAUAAGGUGGACGUGCUGCAGGAGCCGCUGUUGGAGGCGCUGAAGCUCUACGUGAGGAAGAGGAGGCCACACAAACCCCACAUGUUCCCCAAGAUGCUGAUGAAGAUCACAGACCUGCGGAGCAUCAGCGCCAAGGGGGCGGAGCGAGUGAUCACUUUGAAGAUGGAGAUCCCUGGCUCGAUGCCUCCUCUCAUCCAGGAGAUGCUGGAGAACUCGGAGGGGUUGGAGAGCAUGGGGGGCGGAGCCAGUUCACGGUCAAACCCCACCCCCUCAGGCAGCUGCAGUCCCUCGCCUUCGCCCAGCUCCGCCCACAGCAGCCCAUCCACGCAGUCGCCCUGACACAGACAAACAUAUACACACACACCAUAUCCUCCUCUUCCUGUUAGCUCCGCCCACUCACUGCUGCAGGGGCUCGGUCAUCCAUCGCUUCCUGUCUCUCUCUCUCUCCGCUGCUGUAAAGACUCAUCAGACAGACGGAGGAGAGAAAGUUUUACAGACACGAAAAAAGCGAACGAGAGCGAAGAACUCGGAACUCAGAGUGUGGACUUUUUUCUUUUUCAUUUUCUUCCUCCAACAUCUCAGGCCUGGACUUCACCACGACGAAUGAACGAUGGACUUGGCCUAACUUCCAAGAGGCUGUUUUUUUUUUUGUUUUUGUUUUGUUUUGUGUUUUUUUUUUUUUUUUUUUUUUUUUUUUACAAAAAAUAUAUAUAAAUAUAUAUAGAGAAGAACCCAGGAAUGAUUGUGGAAGAACAAAAAAACAUGGACUUGGAGUGUAGCUGUAUUUCUUCACUGAUUUUUUUUUUCUCUUUUUAUGGCUGUUAGAGAAAAUGGGGGGAAAAAUACAGAGAGAGUUGUUGCUUUAUUUCAGACUGAUCGUGAUGAUGAUGAUGAUGAUGAUGAUGCAGUUUUUCAUGGAAACGAAAUGUUGAAAAAAAAAUUUACACACGUAAAUUGUGCACAGAUGAAAAGAGAUAAAACUGUGGUUGAAAAAAAAAGAA